UCUAUUUAUAAACUCAUGGAUCCUAUAAACCUUCUUAACAACUGUUUCAAUUUGCCUGGUCAUUUUCAGGGAAUCAUGUACAUGAGUCCCAAGGUCCCUCUGCUCCUGAACUCCCCUCAAAGUUGCACCAUUGAGCCUGUAUUGACUCUCCAUGCUUCUUCUCCCAAAAUGCAUUACCUCACGUUUCUCUGCAUUGAUGUUCAUCUGCCAGGUGUUGUCUCUAGAGUUUCAAAGUUAAGAUGUGAUCUGAUUGAAACUCAUAAAGUUCUUACUGGGCGUGACGUAGUAGAAAGAGUAUCCAGUGAUUGAUGGAGUACAGUUUAUCCAGAUUGUAUCCCAUAAUAUCCACGUCAGUGAUCAGUGCUGCAUAUCCAGUGAGUGAACAAAGAGAGUUUAUACAGUUUGAAGAUUUUUGCAGAAGGAUAUAAGUAGCCCAAAUUAAUUUUGUAAAGAUGAAGUAUGUAUUAACAAGAAGAAAGUGCAAAACAAGAUAAGAGUCCUCAUUCUGUCACUUUGCUGUUUGCCUCAGAAACCUGGAUGAUAAAUAAAGGAAGAUAAUAGAUACCUAUGAAAUGUGAAUCCUAAGCCACAAAAAUUCCAUUGAAAUAUCUUAAGACCUAAGUGAAGAAUCAUUUGAAAUUACAAGAAGAGAACGAACUCCAAGAAGUGACAUUCUGCAAACUGAGUGUUUAUAUUCCCAUGUGUCGACGAAUGUACAGGGCAAGAAUUUUAGAGAGUAAAGUAGCAGAAUUUAUACAGAUUGUAUCCUGCAAAAUUCGCAUUAAUGUUCAGUACUGUAUAUAUAAAGUGAAGGAAUAUUCUGAUGAUGUGAUGUUAGUGGAUAGUGUACUCAUGGUAGAGGAUGAAGGAUUAAGUCAAAGGGGAUUAGCUGUUGUGGUCAGGUGGCCAGCAGCAGAAAUGGCUACAAGACUAUUUAAGAAGUACAAUCAAGCAUGCUGGAAAUUUUGGUCAAACUAAUUAAAGCAGCAGCCAGGACCUGUUAUGGCCUGUAGCUUCCUGUGUUGACCAAGUAAGGCAAAUGUCAUGGUGCUCUCGAGACAGACUGGCACCAUGCUACCUGAUACGGAGUGUGGAAUGUCACUGUUUACAGCUUGAUGUAAACAUUUGGGAGUAAACUCCAUUGGCUAGGAUUAAACAAUGUGAUCAGGCUUUGAACAAUUCAUUAGCUGAGUGCCAGACAACAUUCUGGAAGCUACAAUUUGCAGAGAAGUAACAGAACAAAGGAAUUCUCACAGAGGAGCAGAAGGUUUUUGGAAAAGCAAUGUCCUGAAGUACUCUUCAAAGAACAAAGAACCAUGAGGCAAGAACAACACUGGCCACCUCACUCGAACUGGGGUAGUAUUUGAUUCAAGCCAAACUUUUAAAGUGAGAAGUUGCUGUCAAGUGUGAGGAGGACUCCAUAGGCUCAUAAAAUCUCUGAACAAGCAAGGUGCCUCUAUUAUACAACUAUUAACACAUGGAAAGAAACCCUUCAAGUGAGAGGUGUGUAAACAAGCAUUCACACAGUCAUCAACUCUUGUGAAACACUGCUGUAUUCACUCUGGGGAGAGGUUGUUCAGAUGUGAGGUGUGUAACAAGAGCUUUGCAGAAUCAUUCACCCUGCUGAUACACUGAAGGAUUACACUGUACUACACCGGAGAAUGCAGAAUCAAUAGACACUGCAGAUAGAUCCUGACUAUUAUCGAAGGAACAACUGCAUGACUUUGGGAAGACAUCUGGUCCCUUCACAGCAUUGCUCAACACAGAGAAGGUUGGUCAGUGAAACCAUCAUCUGGAAAUCGGGUCGGGUCAGCGGAACUUUGACAUACCAUCAGAUCUGAAACUGGUCAGUGGUGUGGAGCCUUCCAUCAGAACCAACCUUUCUGAAGGUUCGGCUGUGGGUGAUCGGUCAGGGUCAGGCUGGGAAGAAGUGUGAGUGGCUCCAAGUGUGGUGAGAGCUUCAGUCAUUCAUCAAGCCUCAUGAACCACUGACUCAUUCUGACAAGUGAAAGGCUGUUCAAAUGUAAGGCUGGCUCUGCAGGUUGAUAACGUCUCCAAACACAUUGCAACUGUUAGCACUAGAGCUGAUCUAUGGGAGAGCAAGCAUUUAAUUGCUAGCUAAUUUAAUGUUUCUGAAGAAGGGUCCAGACCCGAAACGUCAGCUUUCCUGCUCCUCUGAUGUUGCUUGGCCUGCUGUGUUCUUCCAGCUCUCCACCUUGUUAUCUCUAUUUAAUUGCGAGGUAUGUGACAGAGCCUUUGUACAUUCAUCAAUGCUCGUCAGUCACCAAUGCAUUCACACUGUGGUGAAAUGGUUCAAGUGUGAGGUGUGCAACAAAAACUUUGGACAGUCAUCAGGCCUGGUGAAUCAUCGGCACAUUCAUACGGGGGAGAAACCAUUUACAUGCAAGAUGUGCAAUAAAUCAUUCUCAAAAUCAUCAGCUCUCCUUGCACACCAACUCAUUCACACAGGGGAGAAACCGUUCACAUAUGAGGUAUGCCUUAAAUUAUUCUCACAGUCAUCAUUCCUCCGCAUACACCAACGUGUUCACACAGGGGAGAAACCAUUCAGAUUUGAAUUGUGUGGCAAGUCAUUUGCAAAUUCAUCGUACCUUCGCGCACACCAGCACAUCCACGCCAGAGAGAGACCAUUCACUUGUGAUGUAUGUGACAAAUCAUUUUUGCAGUUAUCACACCUUCGUAUUCACCAGCGGAUGCAUACAGGAGAGAAACCAUUCAUGUGUGAAGUAUGCAACAAAUCAUUCUCAAAUUCAUUAACACUCCACAAACACCAAAACAUUGUCUGGGGCUUUGCCAUUCACAUGCAAUGUGUGUGACAAAUCAUUUUCGCAGUCAGGAAAUCUCCAUGCACAUGAACACAUCCAUCCUGGGGAGAAACCGUUUAAAUGUGAGGCAUGUGACAAAUCAUUCCUGCAGUCAUUGAAGCUCCUGCUGCAUCAGAGGGUUCACACAGGAGAGAAACCAUUCAGGUGCGAGGCGUGUGACAAGUCAUUUUCAGGGUCAUCAAAUCUCUGCAGGCACCAACGCAUUUCACACUGGGGAGAAACCCUUUGUGUGCAGACUGUGUGACAAAUCAUUCUUGAGGUCCUGGAAUCUCCUGCUCCACCAAAGGAUCCACACAAAGAGAGAAGCCAUUUGGGUGUGAUUCGUGUGACAAAUCAGUCUCGAUUUAACGGGUCUCCGAUUACACCAACAAAUUCACACUGGGGAGAAACCAUUUACAUGUGAGGUGUGUAACAAGUCAUUUCCGCAAUUAUCAAACCUCCACGUACACCAAUGUAUGCACACAAGGGAGAAACCAUUUAAGUGCAAGAUGUGUGAUAAAUCAUUCUCAGGGUCUUCAAAAUUCCUGCUCCACCGAGGUGUAAAAAUUCAUGUGCGAGGUUUGUAAUAAAGCUGAUGUAAUAUUUUACAACUUCCUGAGACACUACAGGAUUCUCAUAGGACAGAAUCUCUUUAGGUGUGACGCUUGUGACAAGACUUUCACACAGUCAGCAUAUCUCCUGCUCCUUCAAUACACACAGGAGCAAAUCUAUCAGGAUGUGUUCUGUUAAAACAAAUCCAUCACACAGUAGUGAGACCUGCUGGAACAUCAGUGAACCCACAUGAAGACUAGGAGCUUGAACCUCUAUUCAAGCUCACUGUACAGGAUGGUCAUUGGGGCACAGAGAAAGGAGCAGCUUUCACUCACAUCAAACAACUAGCAAUGUCAAAAGCAGUGCUGAAGUAGUUAUUUUUAUAUCAACCUGUUCAGACAUGAUUACGACACAUCUCUGGAGCAGGUGAAAUUUGAGAUCAGAUCUUCUAGCCCAGAAGUAGGGUCAUUACCACUGCACCACAAGACCCCCUUCCAGCACUGAGGUAUCAUGAUGUCAACAAUGGAGCCACCCUGCAGUGUGAUGUCAGUGACACAGGACUUGGAGCGACCCCCAGGCAGUGAGAGCAACCCGUUGUGUUUGUAUCCAGAGCAUUAACAUGCACUGAAUAACAAUGUGCACAGUUUGAGAAAGAGAACUUGGUUAUUAUCUUUGCUUGUGAACUUUUUAAACAGUACCUGUUUGUGAGAGAAAGUAAUGGCGGAAUCUGACCAGAAGUCAUUUCAAAGGAAACUUCACAAAUCACUUAUUUCUGCUUCAAAAUGUUUGCAAAUGAUGUUACUUAAGACUUGAACACUUUCAAAAUCAGAUAUGCACUACAAGUGCAGGGACAGAUGAAAUUGGAAAAGACGAGAAUAAUCUUCUUGAUGAAUUGUGUAUGUGAAAUAAAUUGCAAAUGAUAAUGUAUGUACUUUUUUCCUUUUGUUAUAAAAGGGAGAUAUUUGGAUAAAUACCCUUGUAGACUGAA